AUGACUCUGCUAUGGGUUAUACUCUUUCUUCUUCAUCAGGGAUACACUUCAGUUCCUGUCGUCACAGUCCAGCUUGGGGAACCUGUGACUCUGACAUGUGCCUUGACUGAGAAAUUUCAGGCUGUGACAUGGGUUCACUGGUACAAGCAGAGUGCGGGAAACACUCUGAAAUUAAUUGCAAUGCUGCGUAACAAAAUGCCGUCCACCUACGGACCGGGAUUUUCAAGCUCAAGAUUCAAAAUAACACAUGAUGGCAACAAAAGCAGCUUGAUCAUUUUGGCAACAAUCAAACAAGAUGAGGGAAUGUAUCACUGUGGUCAUAUGGACUGGACUGAAUCUACGUUUACUGGGACGUAUUUGGCCCUGAAAGAAAACUCCCAAAGGACAUUGAGCUACACUGUUGUUCAGGAGUCAACAUUAUCUGAUCCUGCCAGUCCAAAAGACUCAGAGACUCUGCAGUGUUCAGUCCUCUUUGACUCUGAGAACCCAACCUGUUCAGGAGAACCCAGUGUGUUCUGGUUCAGAGCCAUAUCAGAUACAUCCUAUCCAGACAUAAUCUACACCGAGAAAAGAACACCGGAAAAUUGUGAAAAGACGUCAGACCAGCCACAUAAAUGUAGUUACAACUUUUCUAAGGAUGUCAGGAACUCUGAAGCUGGCACUUAUUACUGUGCUGUGGCCACAUGUGGACAUAUCUUAUUUGGAAAUAGAACAAACCUGGUAAAGAGCAAUCAAGAUAUAAAUCCAAAUACUGAAAGGAUUGUGUUGGUGAUCACAUUAAUCUUAUUGGCCAUUUCCAUUAUCUUGAAUAUCAUUUUCGUUUGCUGCCAAACAAAAAGAUCUGCCUCUACCCUAUGUAGUGAAAGUUCUUCUCAACUAAAGCACAGAGAUAUUAGCCAACCAAGAGAUGAGACUGGAAAUGGGCAGGAUCUGAAUUAUGUUGCAUUGAAUUUCUCUGGAGGGAAAGCUCCAAGAAGCAAGAAGAAAAGAGAACUGAAGAGUGAAGAAAGUGUGUAUUCGGAAGUUAAGGAUAAUAUGAUUUAAUUUAGGGUCGUGUCACAAUGAAGCUGACAAUGUGAAUUAUUUAAAUCCAGAAACACUUGAGUUUCAUUUAAACUUUGAGAGAUGAAACAGUGUGCAAAGCUACAUAUGGUGAAUAUGUUCCUAGGUUAAUUGUUGUACUUUGACUAUAUCAGUUUAAAGAAAUAUCUCCAGGUUUUUACGUUUUGGAAAAA